UAAAAACCUUACCUGCUAUUCCGGUUGUAUUUAGUUCUACUUGUACCCUCUUUGUUUUGUUCCUAACCUUUGUCGCUUUGAUUCUCCGCUUGCUGUGUGUGUGUUCGGUUCUGCUUCUCUUGUUGAAGAUCUUCUUCUUCUUCUUCCCUUCAUCCCUUUCAAGAAACUUAGGCGGCAAUGACAAAGGGCAAGGGAACAGGAAAGACUUCGAGGGAAGUAUUGAAACCAGUUGAUGACCGAAAGGUAGGAAAGCGAAAAGCAGCUUCUAAACCUGAGAAGAGCAGUGCACCAAAGACGACUAAAAAGGACAAGAAGGCCAAGAAAGAUCCCAACAAACCAAAAAGACCUCCAAGCGCUUUCUUUGUCUUUCUUGAGGAUUUCAGAAAGACUUUCAAGGCAGAAAAUCCUAAUGUGAAGGCUGUAUCAGCUGUCGGAAAAGCUGGAGGAGAGAAAUGGAAAUCUUUGACUAAGCCGGAAAAAGCUCCAUAUGAAGCCAAGGCUGCAAAAAGGAAAGUUGAGUAUGAAAAACUUAUGAAUGCUUAUAAUAACAAGGUAAUCAUAUGUUGUGUUUCUAGUUUUGCUGUUUGUGUUUUGAUUGUCUUGUUCAUGUGUUUAACUUUCUUUAAUGUUGAUAGCCAAGUGCAGCAGACGAUGAAGAUGAGGAAUCAGACAAGUCCAAAUCUGAAGUUAAUAAUGAAGAUGAAGCAAGUGGAGAGGACGACCACCAAGAUGAUGAGGACGAAGAUGACGAGGAAGAGGAUGAUGACGAUGAAGAUGAUGAUUGAGAUUUGUGUGCAUAACUUGAAAUAUGAUGUUUCAUUGGUUGAGGGAAGCUUUUAUGUAUUUUGUAGUAGGGCUACUUUUGGAUAUCUUUGUUGGUUGAAUAUUUAUCUGUUAUUGCUGGUAUGAUAUUUUUCCAGCCAUUGAGCUUCCUCAGUUGUUGGUUAUUGUGCUUAAAUUUGCCUUUGUGCACUGUGCCUCGAAUGUGUUGGCUUCAGAUGAUAAAUUUCAUUUUGAUCCACGCUUUGGCAUAAUUGUAUGUAGUGAAGUCGCCUACACAUUAUGUAUGCACUAAACUUAGUUUUAAUAAUUUGUCGCGAUUAUCUCA